AUGUACAAGCCAUUCAGUGACACAAUUGCUUCGAUUCCUCCCUUCCUCACCACGUUUUCCCAUGGCGAGUUACUCAGUCAUCUGGCCAGUGGACUUGCAACUCUCGACACCUCUGCUACCGUCACCGCCGCCUCAACACCCUCCACUUCCCUCUGUCUCUGUCCCUAUCCCACCACUGCACCGCCGUUUCCUCUUCCUCUGCCACCCCUCCAACUGUCUUUCUGCUGCAGUCCACCCUCCGCCCCCCUCCUUACUUCCUCUCCUACGCCCCAGUCCCACCAUUCCGAUGCCAUCCCCGCGGGGACCCCGGCGUCGGCAAUUGUAGCGGCGGAGGUAAAGGAGCAGAUGCCGUCGGCUUCAACGUCCCAUUUGGCUGGAAAACGAAAAUUUAAGGAGACCACGAUGGCGGGGCAGAUGGUGGUGGGUAGGGAUAUUAAGCGUUACCGCACGACUUAUUCGCCCUACCAGAGCAAGGUACUCGAAGAGGUUUUUCAGACUGAGCGCUACAUCUCCCGUCCCCAGAGGGCCCAGCUAGCCACCCAGCUCCAGCUGCCAGAGAACACCAUCAAGGUGUGGUUUCAAAACAGACGAAUGAAGGAGAAACGGCAGUCUAUGAUGUUGCCAAGUGUAGCAGGAAGUGAUCCAUACCUGCGUGAGACUCUCCUCCAUGUGGCCAAGCUCUACUGUGACUUCCAUCAGAAAAAACAGCAGCACUCGCAGCCGGCAGUGGAGAUGUCUGUUGAGAUGGCUCCGACAGCGGUCGCAAGAGGCGGCAUGCAGUUUAUGGUAUCUGCUGUGUGUCAAAAGCCUUACGGCAGAACUCAUCAUCAUCUAUGCACCUUGGUAGAACCAAUUAGCCGUAAAGUUGUCGUCAAAAGUAAAUGA